AUGAUUGGAGACUGGCUGAAACAUUGCAAAACUGGCCAUCCAAAAUGCAGUGACGGCUCGACCACGCGGAUGCCGACCAGACUUGUCGAAGUUGGCACACACGACGCGCCCACCAUUCGUCUCCGAAGGAGCCAUGGUAUCCACGAGCCAUACCUGACUUUGAGUCACUGUUGGGGUGAUACCAAUAUCAAGAAGAGAAUUACCGAAGGAGACUUCGAUAUGCCACUUGAGCAGCUGCCGCGAACGUUCCAAGACGCUGUCAUGGUUACUCGGAGACUAGGCUUCGGCUACCUUUGGAUUGACUCGCUGUGUAUAAUCCAGGGUGACGAGACUGACUGGGAGCACGAAAGUGCCAACAUGGCAAGUGUGUAUGCUAAUGGCACGUUGAACCUCGCGGCCAGCUAUUCUACAGACAGC